GUAUGACAGUUGAAAUAUAAAAUUAAAAUGAACAUGUAUACUUGCAACGUAUAGCUAUUUCAAGGCAUGCAUGUCGAUCGGGAAUAGAAAGAAGAAAAGUGAUGGUUUUGGAUUCUCGAAGCAGAUCGUCUUUCAUCAGAUUUGGUUUCUUUGGGGGUUCACAUUAAUUAAUUAUCACAAUUGAUGAUUGAGAUAUAUAUAUAGAUGGAUUGCAGAGAAAUUUCCUAAGACAGAGAGAGUUAAGAAAGGGUCUUAACAUUGAUAAAGGUAAAGCCUUUUUCCUUGUGGGCUUUUGGAUUGAAGAGUUGGCUCAAGACAGAUGGUGAAAAAGGUGGCAGUGGUGGUGGUGGCGGUCUUCAUCGGCAUUCUGAGCUCCAUCAAUGCGGACACAGAUCCAGCUGAUGCAUCUGCUCUCAAUAUCCUGUAUACCAGCUUGAAUUCACCUCAGCAACUUACAAACUGGAAAGCAAGCGGUGGUGAUCCUUGUGGGGAGUCCUGGAAGGGAAUCACAUGCUCAGGCACAAGAGUAACAGAAAUAAAUAUAUCAGGGUUAGGACUCUCCGGGAAUAUGGGAUACCAGCUCGAUAAGUUGACUUCUGUAACUACUUUCGACAUAAGUAACAAUAACCUCGGAAACCAGAUUCCUUACCAACUUCCUCCGAACGUGCAGAGACUAAACCUUGCUGGCAAUGGUUUCACUGCUGGCCUUCCAUAUUCCAUAUCGCUGAUGACUUCUCUGAAAUACCUAAACGUAAGUCACAACCAAAUCCAGGGUCCAGUGGCUAUAUCGUUCGGCUCACUUACAGCUCUCUCCACAUUGGAUUUCUCUUUUAAUAGCAUGACCGGGGAUCUUCCUCAGAGUUUGCAAUCCCUGACUGGCAUGAAGAAUAUGUAUUUACAGAACAAUAAGUUUACCGGAAACAUUGAUGUCCUUGGUAAUCUUCCACUUGAAAAUCUCAAUAUCGAAAACAACCAAUUCAGUGGACGGAUCCCAGAACAACUGAAGAGCAUACACCUGCAAUUGAGUGGUAAUUUAUUCAAGGAUGUGUCUGCGCCUCCACCGCCACCUGGAACUCCUCCUCCCAGGAGGCCGCCCAACCAAAAUGAAAAAUCCGGAGCUACUUCUAGCUCAUUACAUAGUGGAGGUAGUGAAAGUAAUGGCGGUGGUGGAAGCAAAUCCGGUAUAGGAGCUGGUGCCAUAGCCGGAAUUGUUAUCUCUGUUUUAAUUGUUGGAGCAAUAAUAGCACUUUUUAUUGUUAAGAGACGAUCAAGAAAGCCAUCCGCAGACAUUGAGAAGCAUGAUAAUCUGCCUUUUGCUCCUCCUGCUUCUCAACAAUCACAAGGGAUGAACUCUGUUCAAAGUUCAUCUACGACAGGCACAAUGGAAACUCCUGUUGUGAUAGAUCUCAAACCUCCUCCUGUUGAUGAUGAUCUUAAAUCAUUUGACGAUGAUGAUAUUUUUGUACCGCCAGUUCCUCCUCCCAAGAAAGUCAAAAAAGGUCCAAUAAAUGCCAAAUUGUACUCAGUAGUGGACUUGCAGAGAGCUACCGAUAGUUUCUCUGUUGACAACCUUAUUGGCGAGGGAACUCUUGGACGUGUUUAUCGGGCUCAAUUGGAUGACGGGCAGGUUUUAGCUGUGAAGAAAAUCAAGUCACCUUUUCUGUCCAAUUCCAAAGAUUUCAUAGACAUUGUGUCGGAGAUUUCCAUGUUGCGUCACCCAAAUGUCACUGAGCUCAUAGGAUAUUGCUCCGAGCAUGAACAACACUUGCUUGUUUAUGAGCUCCAUCAAAAUGGUUCUCUACAUGAGUUUCUGCAUCUCUUGGAUGACCAAAGCAAGGCAUUAACAUGGAAUAACCGUGUCAAGAUUGCAUUAGGGGCCGCUAGAGCACUAGAGUAUCUGCAUGAAGUUUGUUCACCAUCAGUUAUCCACAAGAAUUUCAAAUCAGCAAACAUUUUAGUUGACAUGGAGUUCAAUGCUCAUCUUUCCGAUUGUGGGUUAGCAAGCCUGGUCCAUGAGUCGUUAGAUCAGGCAUCUGGCUACAAUGCACCUGAGGUUUCCAUGUCUGGUCAGUAUACAAUUAAGAGUGAUGUAUACAGCUUUGGGGUUGUAAUGUUGGAACUGCUUAGCGGACGCACACCAUUUGAUAGCUCAAGGCCAAGAACGGAGCAAUCUUUAGCUCGAUGGGCAACCCCUCAGCUCCACGAUAUUGAUGCUCUUGCUAAGAUGGUUGAUCCUGCGCUAGAUGGGCUUUAUCCUGUCAAGUCUCUCUCCCGUUUUGCUGAUGUAAUUGCUCUUUGCGUCCAGCCGGAGCCUGAGUUCAGGCCGCCCAUGUCAGAAGUGGUUGAGUCAUUGGUUCGGUUGGUGGAACAAGCAAAUAUGAGCUAGAGAACUAACUAAAAAUGCAGUUCAUGGUGGAAAUGAAACGCGUGAGACUAAACUGCAUUAUUGGCUGCCAAAACUCAGAGCCCUGAAAGAAGAGAGGAGACAGUUUGUGCUGAUGGUUCAG